GUCUCAUCAGCUUGCAUCAGCUGGGAAACAACUAUGCAAUGACGCCAAUGAUCAAGAAUGAUCAGAAAUAAUGCGUUUUGUCCCGGUUCAGUUACGUUUGCGUUAAAUAAUCUACAUUUACAUGUAUCAUAAACUAAACUAAGUUUAUGCAAUGGAGGAAGAUGGUGGAAAAAGAAUGAGGGGUAGGUCUCGAGGAAGGGCUCGUGGCAGACCAAGAGGUCGAGCCAGAGGACGAGCUAAAAAGGCAGUCAAGGUUAUAGAGAGCGAUGAAGAGGAAACCCCUCAAUUAGCAGAAGAAACCCCAAUGGAAACAAAUAGGGCAGAACCCGAGCAGCAUGAACAACCUCCACAACAGAUUCAGCAACCAUUACCGGAACAGCAAUUUGAUUUAGAAGCAGAUAUAUCCCAGUUGGAAGCACCAACUUUUACUACUAUCAAUAGAGCACCUCCAGAACCGAUGUUGCGAUUACGUUGGGAUCAUCGGGUUAAUCUCAUUGGAGAAAAAGUUCUUAACCCAAUGAUACAUUGCUGCGAUAAGUGUCUUAAGCCAAUCCUAAUCUAUGGAAGAAUGAUUCCUUGUAAACAUGUGUUUUGCUUAUCAUGUGCUAAGCGAGAAGAUAAAGUCUGUCCUCGAUGUAUGGAAAAAGUUUCUAGAGUGGAGCAGACGGGCUUAGGUACUGUGUUUAUGUGCACCCAUGGUGGUACUAGAUAUGGAAAUGCUGGUUGCAGGAGGACAUAUCUAAGUCAACGAGAUUUACAGGCUCAUAUCAAUCACCGACAUAUUUCGGCUCCACCUCAACCGGUUCAAGGUAUUCAAGUGGACCCGCCACAGUAUGUGCAUUCAAAAUCAGAGAUUGAUUCACAGAUGGCAAAAGUUCCACCUGUACCGAUACAAAAUAGCCGUAUGAAACAAGUACCAUCUCAUAUGGUACAGCCAAUAAUGGGAAAUGAUCCCAGAGUUAAUUCUAUAGUGAAUCAACAAACUGUCGAUCACAGACCACAACAUAGACCUCAACCAAUAAUUCCCAUGCAGAAUUAUUCUCAAAAUUCUGCGCCACCACCACCACCAACAAACCCCCCAAUGAGGACUAAUUUAAUCACGGUACCUAUUCAAGAUACAACCAUAACGUCUCACGAACUACAUUCGCAACAAAAUCAUCACUAUUAUCCUCAACAAGUUGGAUACGGAGGGUACAAUGUUCCUCCUCCGGUAUCACAAACUCAACAAUAUUAUUCUCAACCGCAACAUCCGUCUCAAGUCGCAUAUGUGCCACAACCUCCCCAACAGCAGUACGUGUCCUCUGCCCCGAGUACUCUCAGGCCGUCACCUAGUGGGUACAUACAGGACCCACAGUACGGUCCUCCACCACAGCAGCAACCUCCUCAACCGCAAUGGACUCAGCAUCAACAGCAGUUCUAUAGAUAGGACACACCACAGUGAUUUAAUAAAUUUUAAUAGAUUUACUGUUCGUGUUAUCGAUUAUCUGUCUUAAAGUGAGAUAAUCGUAAUAUGACAUCGUGUUAGUCACUGAUGUGUGAAUGUAUAUAUUGGCGAUUGUAUUCAUAUAUAUACAUAUACACACAUAACCUGCAGCUUUAAGCUGUCUGAAAUUUAUGCUGCCCAAAUAUACUGUUUAAAACAAAUACGUGAUAAGGGACAACUAAACAUUUACUGUGCUCAUUCGGCAAUAAAAACAUUUUCUUAACCGUUUAAA